AUGCUCGGAACGACCCUCGCCCGCACCACCGCCCGCGCCUGCGCCCCCGCCGCGCGCCUGCGCCCCGCCGCACCUCCUCCCCACCUCUCCCGAGCAUUCGCGGCAUCGGCGCUCGUGAGGAAGGACCCGGGCGAGGGCGUCAAGGGGACGGAGACGGUCGGCGAGGAGAACCCGGUGUCGGCGCGCGCAAAGGGCGUCGCAAAGGCGGCCAAGACGGCCGUCGACGGCGCGAUCGGGGUGGGCCAGGCGGCGACGGGCGAGCAGAGCUCGCUCGGGACGGACAAGAAGCACCCGGGCCCGGACUCGCGCACUCACAUCGAGGCCGAGGAGGAGAAGGGCCGCAAGGAGGGGCUCGCGCACAAGGGCGAGCAGCAGGGCGCCAUCUGAGUCGACGCCCGCUCGUCGAGUAUGUAGCAUAGCCGAGCGAGGAGGCUGGAGCAAGUCGAACGGCGUUUCUGUGUCCCGCGAGCCUC